AUGAAGAACUGGACAGAUGUGUCUGAAUUCAUUCUCCUGGGUCUAACCAAGGACCACAGGCUGCAACAGGUUCUCUUCACACUUUUCCUGCUGUUCUAUGUAGCCUGUCUGUUAGGAAAUGGGGCCAUUCUGGCAGUCACCCUGGCUGAGCCUCGUCUCCGCAGCCCCAUGUAUUUUUUUCUGGGAAACCUUUCUUGUUUGGAUAUAUGCUACUCUACAGUGACUAUGCCAACAGUGCUAACUGGCUUCCUUAUAGAGCAUCAGUCUAUCUCCUUUAUCGGCUGCCUCACUCAACUGCACUUCUUCCACUUCCUGGGCAGUAGUGAGGCUGUGCUGCUGGGCGUCAUGGCAUAUGAUCGUUAUGUAGCUAUCUGCAAUCCUCUGCGUUAUACUGUCAUCAUGAAUAAAUGGGCUUGUGUUACACUAGCUGGGGCGACGUGGGCUGCUGGCUUCUGUCAUGCUUUGAUGCACACAGUGGUGACCUCUCAGUUAUGGUUCUGUGGCCCUAAUCUUGUCCCACACUUUUUUUGUGAUAUCAAGCCCCUCCUCAAAUUAGCUUGCAGUAGCACAACCCUCAACUUCCUCCUGCUGAAAGUUGUAACUGGUACUAUUGCCCUCAGCCCCUUCUUUUUCACACUUCUCUCCUAUUUUUACAUCAUCUCCUUCCUCUUCUUUAAGGUCCAAUCAUGGCGGAACCGUUGGAAAGCCUUCUCCACCUGUGCAUCCCAUCUGAGUGUUGUGGCAAUCUUCUAUAUUCCAGUACUAUCCAACUACAUGCUUGCUUCUGCCAGUGGCUCUUCUGAGAAAGACAUGAUCAUUUCUGUGUUAUACAGUCUCAUCACACCAGUUUUAAAUCCCCUGAUCUACACACUUAGGAAUCAAGAAGUUAAAUUUGCUAUAAGAAAGAUUCUAAACAAAAAUCUCCCUUUCAAGAGGGGUUAA